AUGGAGUUUCAGAGCGCCACCAGCAGUCUCGGCGGCCCUCUUUCCCCCGGCCCUCUCUCCCCGACCAUGGACUAUCCAGGCCCCCUGUCCCCCUCGCCGGGUGGCCCCGGCCCCUCUCUCGCAAGCCCCGGCCGGGGUCCCAGCCCCAGCCUCAGCCCCAUCAGGGGGCCCAGCCCCAACCCCGGAUUCUCGGGCCAGGCCGCCUUCAACUACAACCAGCUGGAGGGGAGGUUUAAACAGCUUCAAGAUGAGCGUGAGGCGGUUCAGAAGAAGACCUUCACCAAGUGGGUCAACUCACACCUGUCCAGGGUCUCCUGUCGGAUCACCGACCUGUACAUGGACCUGAGGGACGGACGCAUGCUCAUCAAGCUGCUGGAGGUUCUGUCAGGAGAGAGACUGCCCAAACCCACCAAGGGCCGGAUGCGGAUCCACUGCCUGGAGAACGUGGACAAGGCUCUGCAGUUCCUGAAGGAGCAGAGGGUCCACCUGGAGAACAUGGGCUCCCACGACAUCGUGGACGGAAACCACCGCCUCACGCUGGGCCUCAUCUGGACCAUCAUCCUCCGCUUCCAGAUCCAGGACAUCAGCGUGGAGACGGAGGACAACAAGGAGAAGAAGUCGGCUAAAGAUGCUCUGCUGCUCUGGUGUCAGAUGAAGUCGGCAGGAUAUCCAAACGUCAACAUCCACAACUUCACCACCAGCUGGAGAGAUGGGAUGGCCUUCAACGCCCUCAUCCACAAACACAGACCCGACCUGAUCGACUUUGAUAAGCUGAAGAAAUCAAACGCUCACUACAACCUGCAGAAUGCUUUCAACCUGGCCGAGCAGCACCUGGGCCUCACCAAGCUGCUGGACCCCGAGGACAUCAGCGUGGACCACCCUGACGAGAAGUCCAUCAUUACCUACGUGGUCACCUACUACCACUACUUCUCCAAGAUGAAGGCUCUGAAGGUGGAGGGGAAGAGGAUCGGCAAGGUUCUGGACAACGCCAUCGAGACGGAGAAGAUGAUUGAGAAGUACGAGUCUCUGGCCUCGGACCUGCUGGAGUGGAUCGAACAGACCAUCAUCAUCCUCAACAACAGGAAGUUCGCCAACUCUCUGGUGGGAGUCCAGCAGCAGCUGCAGGCCUUCAACACGUACCGGACCGUGGAGAAACCACCCAAGUUCACAGAGAAAGGAAACCUGGAGGUUCUCCUGUUCACCAUCCAGAGUAAGAUGAGAGCCAACAACCAGAAAGUUUACACUCCCCGAGAGGGAAAACUCAUCUCUGACAUCAACAAGGCGUGGGAGCGUCUGGAGAAGGCGGAGCACGAGCGCGAGCUGGCUCUGAGGACGGAGCUGAUUCGUCAGGAGAAACUGGAGCAGCUCGCCCGACGCUUCGACCGCAAAGCCGCCAUGAGGGAGACGUGGCUGAGCGAGAACCAGAGGCUGGUCUCCCAGGAUAACUUUGGAUUUGACCUCCAGGCCGUUGAAGCGGCCACUAAGAAACAUGAAGCCAUAGAAACAGACAUCGCAGCGUACGAGGAGCGAGUUCAGGCGGUGGUUGCCGUGGCGAAGGAGCUGGAGGCGGAGAGUUACCAUGACAUCAAACGCAUCACGGCCAGGAAGGACAAUGUGAUCCGGCUGUGGGAGUACCUGCUGGAGCUGCUGAAGGCCCGCAGGCACCGGCUGGAGAUGAACCUGGGCCUGCAGAGAGUCUUCCAGGAGAUGCUCUACAUCAUGGACUGGAUGGACGAGAUGAAGAUGCUGCUGCUCUCUCAGGAUUAUGGGAAACACCUGCUGGGUGUGGAGGACCUGCUGCAGAAACACGCUCUGGUGGAGGCCGACAUCAGCAUCCAGGCCGACCGAGUCCGGAACGUCAACCGCAACGCCCAGAAGUUUGCCGACGACAUGGAGGGUUAUAAACCCUGCGACCCUCAGAUCAUCCGGGACCGCGUCGCUCACAUGGACUUCUGCUACCAGGAGCUGAGCCAGCUGGCGGCUGAGCGGCGAGCUCGCCUCGAGGAGUCCCGACGCCUCUGGAAGUUCUUCUGGGAGAUGGCCGAAGAGGAGGGCUGGAUCAGGGAGAAGGAGCAGAUCCUGUCCUCCGAGGAUUAUGGGAAGGAUCUGACGGGAGCGCUGCGACUGCUGAGUCAGCACAAAGCCUUCGAGGACGAGAUGAGCGGGCGAGCCGGCCACCUGCAGCAGACCAUCAAACAGGGCGACGAGCUGGUCGCCAACAACCACUUCGGAGCCGACAAGAUCAAAGAACGUAUCCAGGACAUCCAGGAGCAGUGGGCGGCUCUGGAGCGUCUCUCUGCGGUCCGUAAAGCUCGUCUGCAGGAGGCCUGCAACCAGCACCAGUUCCAGGCCGACGCCGACGACAUCGACACGUGGAUGCUGGACGUGCUGCGGAUCGUCUCCAGCGUGGACGUCGGCCAUGACGAGUUCUCCACUCAGGCUCUGGUGAAGAAGCACAAGGACGUGGCGGAGGAGAUCAGCAGCUACCGGCCCGUCAUCGAGGCGCUGCACGAACAGUCCCGCACGCUGCCGCCCGAGAAGGCCAACUCUGAGGAGGUCCAGAACCGGCUCGCGGGCAUCGAGGAGCGCUACAAGGAGGUGGUGGAGCUGACCCGGCUCAGGAAGCAGGCGCUGCAGGACGCUCUGUCGCUCUACAAGAUGUUCAGCGAAGCCAACGCCUGCGAGGUUUGGAUCGACGAGAAGGAGCAGUGGCUCAACAGCACCGAGAUCCCCGAGAAACUGGAGGACCUGGAGGUCGUCCAGCACCGGUUUGAGAGUCUGGAGCCGGAGAUGAACAGCCAGGCGUCGCGGGUCGCCGUGGUGAACCAGGUCGCCCGGCAGCUGAUCCACAACGGACAUCCCAGUGAGAAGGAGAUCAAAUCCCAGCAGGACAAACUCAACACCAGGUGGAGUCAGUUCAGAGACCUGGUGGACCAGAAGAAAGACAGUCUGAACUCGGCUCUGGGAGUCCAGAACUACCACCUGGAGUGUAACGAGACCAAGUCCUGGAUCAAAGAGAAGACCAAGGUGAUUGAGUCGACCCAGGAGCUGGGGAACGACCUGGCCGGCGUCAUGGCCCUGCAGAGGAAGCUGACGGGGAUGGAACGCGACCUGGCCGCCAUCGAAGACAAGCUGGGCGACCUGGGCAAGGAGGCGGACCGCCUGGCCUCCGAACACACGGAGCAGUCCGACGCCAUCAAGGGACGUCUGGCUGAGAUCACUGGCGUCUGGGACGAGAUGAAGGACACCAUGAAGAACCGGGAGGAGUCGCUGGGCGAGGCCAGCAAGCUGCAGCAGUUCCUGCGCGAACUGGACGACUUCCAGUCGUGGCUGUCGCGGACGCAGACGGCCAUCGCCUCCGAGGACAUGCCCAACACGCUGACCGAGGCCGAGAAGCUGCUGGCCCAGCACGAGGGCAUCAAGAACGAGAUCCGCAACUACGAGGAGGACUACCAGAAGAUGCGGGACAUGGGCGAGAUGGUGACGCAGGACCAGACGGACGCGCAGUACAUGUUCCUGCGACAGCGGCUGCAGGCGCUCGACACCGGCUGGAACGAGCUGCACAAGAUGUGGGAGAACCGGCAGAACCUGCUGUCCCAGUCCCACGCUUACCAGCUGUUCCUCAGGGACACCAAGCAGGCCGAGGCCUUCCUCAACAACCAGGAGUACGUCCUGGCUCACACUGAGAUGCCCACCACUCUGGAGGGCGCCGAGGCCGCCAUCAAGAAGCAGGAGGACUUCAUGACCACCAUGGACGCCAACGAGGAGAAGAUCAACGCCGUGGUCGACACCGGCCGGCGCCUCGUUACCGACGGCAACAUCAGCGCCGAGCGUAUCCAGGAGAAGGUGGACUCCAUCGACCAGAGACACAAGAAGAACCGAGCGGCUGCCAGCGACCUGCUGACGAGGCUGAAGGACAACAGAGACCUGCAGAAGUUCCUGCAGGACUGCCAGGAGCUGUCCCUGUGGAUCAACGAGAAGAUGCUGACAGCUCAGGACAUGUCGUACGACGAGGCCAGAAACCUGCACAGCAAGUGGCUCAAACAUCAGGCCUUCAUGGCCGAGCUGCAGUCCAACAAGGAGUGGCUGGACAAGAUCGACACGGAGGGGAAGGCGCUGAUGGCAGAGAAACCAGAGACGGAGGCGAUGGUCAAAGAGAAGCUGGCGUCCCUGAAGACGAUGUGGGAGGACCUGGAGUCGACCACGCAGACCAAGGCCAAGUGUCUGUUCGACGCCAACAAGGCGGAGCUGUUCACUCAGAGCUGCGCCGACCUGGACAAGUGGAUGGCCGGCCUGGAGGGACAGCUGCAGUCCGACGACUACGGCAAAGAUCUGACCUCCGUCAACAUCCUGCUCAAGAAACAGCAGAUCCUGGAGAGCCAGGUGGAGGUGCGUCAGAAGGAGGUGGAGGAGCUGCAGAGCCAGUCUCAGGCCCUCAGUCAGGAGGGGAAAGGCUCCGAGGAGGUGGACGGUCAGAGGAUCAGCGUGGAGAAGAAGUUCCACUGCCUGCAGGAGCCGCUGAAGAAGAGACGGGACAACCUGAUGGCCUCCCGCGAGAUCCACCAGUUCAACCGGGACGUGGAGGACGAGAUCCUGUGGGUGGAGGAGAGGAUGGCUCUGGCCACAUCGACCGACCACGGACACAACCUGCAGACUGUACAGCUGCUCAUCAAGAAGAACCAGACCCUGCAGAAGGAGAUUCAGGGUCAUCAGCCGCGAUUCGACGACAUCUUCGAGCGCAGCCAGCACGUCCUGCGGGAGGACAGCCCGACGGCCGAGGCCAUUCGCCAGCGGCUCGCCGAGCUCCAGUCGCUGUGGGAACAGAUCAAGAAGGAGACGGAGAAGCGUCACGGCCGGCUCAGCGAGGCCCACGAGGCCCAGCAGUACUACUUCGACGCCGCCGAGGCCGAGGCCUGGAUGAGCGAACAGGAGCUCUACAUGAUGUCAGAGGAGAAGGCCAAGGACGAGCAGAGUUCGGUGGCCAUGCUGAAGAAGCAUCAGAUCCUGGAGCAGGCGGUGGAGGAUUACGCCGACACCGUCCACCAGCUGUCCAGCACCAGCCGAGGCCUGGUGGCUGCCGAACACCCCGACAGCGAGCGUAUCGGCAUGCGUCAGUCUCAGGUGGAUAAACUCUACGCCGGCCUCAAGGAUUUGUCGGAGGAGCGUCGGGGGAAACUGGACGAGCGUCUGCGUCUUUUCCAGCUCAACCGGGAGGUGGAUGAUCUGGAGCAGUGGAUCGCUGAGAGGGAGGUGGUGGCGGGAUCCCACGAGCUGGGGCAGGACUACGAACACGUCACCAUGCUGCAGGAGCGUUUCAGAGAGUUUGCCCGUGACACCGGGAACAUCGGCCAGGAGCGCGUGGACGGCGUCAACCGCCAGGCGGACGAGCUGAUCAACAGCGGCCACGGCGACGCCGCCACCAUCGCAGAGUGGAAGGACGGCCUGAACGAGGCCUGGGCCGACCUGCUGGAGCUCAUCGACACCCGGACGCAGAUCCUCUCCGCCUCCUACGAGCUCCACAAGUUCUACCACGACGCCAAGGAGAUCCUCAACCGCAUCCUGGACAAACACAAGAAGCUCCCGGAGGAGCUGGGCCGGGACCAGAACACAGUGGAGACCCUGCAGAGGAUGCACACCACCUUCGAACACGACAUUCAGGCGCUGGGAACUCAGGUGCGGCAGCUCCAGGAAGACGCGGUCCGCCUGCAGUCGGCCUACGCCGGAGACAAAGCUGACGACAUUCAGAAGAGAGAAGGAGAGGUCCUGGAGGCCUGGAAGAACCUGCUGGAGGCGGCGGAGGGUCGCCGGGUGAAGCUGGUCGACACCGGAGACAAGUUCCGCUUCUUCAGCAUGGUGCGCGACCUGAUGCUGUGGAUGGAGGACGUCAUCCGUCUGAUCGAGGCCCAGGAGAACCCCAGGGACGUGUCAUCGGUGGAGCUGCUGAUGAACAACCAUCAGGGCAUCAAGGCGGAGAUCGACGCUCGCAACGACAGCUUCACCGCCUGCAUCGAGCUGGGAAAGACUCUGCUGGCCAGGAAGCACUACGCUUCAGAGGAGAUUAAAGAAAAGUUGCUACAGUUGACAGACAAGAGGAAAGACAUGAUUGACAAGUGGGAGGACAGAUGGGAGUGGCUGAGACUGGUCCUGGAGGUGCACCAGUUCUCCCGGGACGCAGGUGUGGCCGAGGCGUGGCUGCUGGGUCAGGAGCCGUACCUGUCCAGCAGGGAGAUCGGCCUGAACGUGGACGAGGUGGAGAAACUCAUCAAACGCCACGAGGCCUUCGAGAAGUCAGCCGCCACCUGGGAGGAACGCUUCGCCGCUCUGGAGAGGCUGACCACGAUGGAGUUACUGGAAGUGAGAAGAGCGCAAGAGGAAGAAGAGAAGAAGAGACAACCUCCGGCCGCUGAGGCCGAGCCGGGCGACGCUGCCGCUCAGCAGAGGGAGGGUGAGCCGGUGUCUCAGAACGGGCUGCCGUCCGAUCAGGAGUCUCCCAGGGAUAAUGUUGAAGGAGGCGAGCAGGUGAACGGGGUGUCGGAGCCCAGUCCAGCCGGGUCUCCCGGGGCGUCUCGCAAGGGCAAGGCCAGCCAGGCAGCGACGCUGCCGGCCAAGACCCAACCAGACGCCCCGACGUCCCAGCUGGAGGGCUUCCUGCACCGCAAGCACGAGUGGGAGGGGCAUAACAAGAAGGCUUCGAGCAGGUCGUGGCACAACGUGUACUGUGUGAUCAAUCAGCAGGAGAUGGGUUUCUAUAAGGAUCAGAAGAGCGCCAGUCAGGGAAUCCCCUACCACAGCGAGAUCCCAGUGAGCCUGAAGGACGCCGUCUGCGAAGUGGCGCUGGACUACAAGAAGAAGAAACACGUCUUCAAACUCAAGAUUACUGACGGGAACGAGUAUUUGUUCCAAGCCAAAGACGACGAGGAGAUGAACACGUGGAUCUCGGCCAUCUCCACCGCCAUGUCGGGCGACAAGGUGGAGGUCACCCCCAGCAGCCAUAGCACGCCCGCUCCCGCCGCACGCGCUCAGACGCUGCCGGCCUCCGUGGCUUCAGUGACGGCCGAGUCCAGCCCGGGCAAACGGGAGAAGGACAAGGAGAAACGCUUCAGUCUGUUCAGCAAGAAGAAAUAGACGCUCCUAUUUCCCUCCUCCUCUUCCUCUUCCUCUUCCUCUUCCCCCUCCCCUUUCCUCCUCCUCUGGUGCUGUUUGGGGUCGCUCCUCAUUGUCGAUCCAUCUUUGGUCAGAUUUGUGUUGAAGAUGUCAACUGACCGAGUGUUCGAGUCAGAUCGUAGCAGCUGAUACUGUAACAGAACGACUGCUCCAGAUGUAAAUGGUUUAAAAUUUAAUCGUCAUAAAUUGCAAAGAUAAUAGAAUAACAGCAGCGUAACAGGAUGAAGAAGAACAUCCUUCGUCACCACAUUCAGCUCCUCACAGACGUGGACAGUUCCUACAGUAUCCUGCUGUCGAAUCAAAAUCCCAAACAGCCGUUCUCUCUCUCUCUCCCUCUCCCUCUUCCUCCUCGUCUUUCUUCCUCCUCUUCCUCUCAAAGCGUGACUCCAGCAUGCAAGCUCCGAGCCAAAACUCUCCACUCUGUGCCUAUCAACCGUCCGGUCUGGCUCAGAGCUACAGUUCAGCUACAACUCACCUCCUGUUUCCUCUGUUCAGUUUUUGUAAGAUAAGGAGCAGGAAAAAAAAAAGUUUGGAUUUGAAGGAAAUAGAAAUUAAAAUGGGGUCUGCAAAACGCUUCAGGCAGCUGCUGUCAUCCAAUCAAAACCCAGAGUUUGCCGCUGAACAACAACACGUAGAGGAGUUCCCUCCAUGUUCCUGUUUCUUCUUCUUCUUCUUCUUCUUCUUCUUCUUCUUCUUCUUCUUCUCGCUAUUAUUUGUGUUUUUCUCUCCGUUUGGUUUUUCUUCUUCUCUGCUUUCUCAUCAUCCAGCUUUCUCGUCGACUAACUGCCUUCUGUGGGUUGUGUUUACGCUCCCGAGUCGUCUCAGUUUCAUUUUGUUCUGUUCUGUUUUUACUUUUGGGAAGUUGUAGGUAGUUCCUGUUUAGGGUCCAUCCUCAGUUUUUUUGCGAGGCCUUGUCUUUGCAAGAUGACGUGUAUCCCUCUGUAGUGGGGAAAACUGAGACCACGGUGGGGUAAAACUCUGAAAUUACACCUCUCACAUGUUUGUGAUCUGAGCGGAGAAACUUUGGGAAAGUUUUAAAAAAGUGCAGAAUGAAGUAGAAAACACACAUUUUGUGCACUGAACACGUGAAUAACUCUGCUCUGCUGUCGGCUGGUUAAUAAUCCUCCUGAUGUUUCGGUGCUGUCUAAUUCCUGCAGCACUGCAGAACCAACAGGACGCAGCUGUAAUUUGGAGCGUUACCCUGCGGUGCUUUGAACUGUAUGUAUAACUUGUGUAUAACAAACUGUUAAAGAAUAAACCUGUGUUUAAUUUUCACCUAUUAUUGUUACUACUAAUAAGACCAACCGACCGUCAUAAGCUUCGUUUGAUUAAACUCUCUGAAUCCUAA